CGGCGCCGCCGCCAUUUUGGAGCUCGGCUCGGGAGGGGAGGAACCCGCGGGAGGACGCGGCGCCCGGCGCUUCUGCCUCCCCCGUCCCGCCCCGAGCCGGCUCCGCUCGCCGCUUUCUCGGGCCGCCUGUCUGUGUCAGCCGCCGCUGCUCUUCGUCACCCGCCUGGCCGGGCCCGCCGCAGGCCUGAGAGAGGCGGGAAGGAUGCCCUGCACACCCCGCCGCUGAGGGAGACUCGGGGGCCCUGCGCGCCGCGUCUGGCCAGCCCCACCCCAGCCGCUCCUCGGCUCUUCGCCUCCAGCGGCACGGAGCUUCCUUCUCCCUUAUUCCCCUUUCCCUGGGUUUCCUUUCUCCUGGACUAGGCACGAGCCGCUUCCCCCUCGCCCCCAGCCCGCUCCGCCUCCCAGGCCUCUCUGCCCAGGCCUCCUCCCGGUCUCUUCCUCCGCCUGGGCCUUCGGGCUCCUCACCUUCCUUCCUCCCUUUCCUUCCCCUUUCCCGCCCGGAGCCAUGUCCUCCGCCGCUCGUUUCGAUUCGUCGGACCGCUCCAGCUGGUACGUGGGGCCGGUGUCCCGGGCGGAGGCGCAGACGCGGCUGCAGGGGCAGCGGCACGGCAUGUUCCUGGUGCGGGACUCGUCCACCUGCCCGGGGGACUACGUCCUCUCGGUGUCCGAGAACUCCCGCGUUUCCCACUACAUCAUCAACUCCCUGCCCAACCGCCGCUUUAAGAUCGGCGACCAGGAGUUCGAGCACCUGCCCGCCCUGCUGGAGUUCUACAAGAUCCACUACCUGGACACCACCACCCUCAUCGAGCCCGCGCCCAGGUAUCCAAGUCCACCAAUGGGAUCUGGAUCUGCCCCUGCCAUGUCCACUGCAGAAGAAAAUGUGGAAUAUGUUCGGACUCUCUAUGACUUUCCUGGCAACGAUGCCGAGGAUCUUCCAUUUAAAAAGGGCGAGAUACUGGUAAUUGUAGAGAAGCCAGAAGAACAGUGGUGGAGUGCCAGAAACAAGGAUGGUCGGAUUGGGAUGAUUCCUGUUCCUUAUGUAGAAAAGCUAGUCAGAUCUUCUGUUGGGAAGCAUGGAAACAGGAAUUCCAACAGUUAUGGUAUUCCAGAACCUGCCCAUGCUUAUGCUCAGCCUCAAACCGCAACUCCCCUGCCCUCAGUAUCCAGCACACCUGGAGCAGUGAUCAAUCCUCUGCCAUCCACACAGAAUGGACCAGUCUAUGCCAAAGCUGUCCAAAAGAGAGUACCCUGUGCUUAUGACAAGACUGCACUGGCAUUAGAGGUUGGAGAUAUUGUGAAGGUUACGAGGAUGAAUAUAAACGGUCAGUGGGAAGGAGAAGUCAACGGUCGAAAAGGGCUCUUCCCUUUCACGCAUGUCAAAAUAUUUGACCCUCAAAACCCAGAUGAGAACGAAUGACUCCCUCUGCCCAAUUUACACUGCUGCUUCAUUUUCCUGGCUAUCAUUAGCAUUGUUUGAGGUGGGAUGAUGACUUAAUGGCACAUUGCUAGCAUUGCCCAUUUUCCAGCUUGCUGCAGUUUGACAGUUCUUUUAAUAUACAUUUGGAAUACAUACAACUGAAGUCACUGCCUGACCUUCAGACCAUAGUUGUGUCAUCCAGAAUUUAGUUUCACUUCUAAAACUUUAUUGGGCCUUAAGCUGGAGAAGACUGAACCAGAAUAUAGCAGAGAGGUAUUGGAAAAAUAACUUUUCCUGUUGAGACUUCUGUGGACUUUUUCUGGUUUGCUCAGUAGGAAGAGCCCUAAUCUUAGAUCAAACGUGCAACUUGUGCAUUACUGUCCAACAAAAAGCAACAACAAAAAUGCAAUUUUAGGACUGAAGAAAAUUUAGUUUUGAAAUUACCUGUCUUAAGGUAGUACAUAUAAAAUGAUGGUUUCUUUAAAGGACAAUAAUUGGAGCUUAUGUAUUCUAAGCAGUUGUAUUAGACACUGCUCUUUUCUGUUAACUCCUAAGCUUGUUGUUGACCUUCCUGAAACAGUGUGUGUUAAAUGCAAAUAACCAUUGAUUGAGCUGCAUUGAAGCUGAGGCAUUUAUUUAUAAGGAAACCUAGGAGGGGUUGAUACUUGUAACUUGGUUUUGACAUAUUUAAUGCAUUUCUGUUGAUUUUUGCAAGCACUAACUGUAGAAAGUGAGCUUUAAGGGGAAACACUUUGGCCUGGUCUACAUACAGCUCUUCUGCAGUGUUGAAAGUGUAGUUUUACUAGUACAGAAGUGCUUGUCAUCAAGCUGUUACUUGGCAGACAGAUCAGAUUGCCAUGAGGAGAGGUAGGAAUGGGACAGAAGAACUUGGUAAACACCGAUAAAAUCCUCUUAUUUAAACAUUUAAAGACCUUUUAUAUCCAUUUCUCUGCAGGCUCCCUGCUCUCUCCAAAGUUUCCUAGCUAUGCCAGCCCCAGCUCAUCAAAAGCUCCUUUUCAAACACAGUACCUUUUUACCAGGGUGUCUGUAUUGCUGUGCUUUUCUUCCAGAGCUGCUUUCAUCUUCUUUUUCCCCUUCCUUCUUUUGCCUCUCUCGUAUCCUAAGUCCUCUGCAUGCUGACAUCUUUUUAUUUUUCCCCUUCCUAAGGCAUUGGCUCUGGUUUAUAUACGACCCAGGUCCCUCCCCCUGCCAGCAUUCUCUAGAAAAUGGUUAAUUGGAGUCAGCUGCCUGGGUUCCCCCAUGUGAUAAUUCUGGGGUUGGAGGAGGCCACAGGGGUGUCUGUUAUUAGUGUAGCUCCUUGUCUCUUUGUGUACCUGAGCUCUCCUGCUGGGACAGUUGUGCAGCAGGAGCUCCUGGCUGCAGCUGGUGCGUGCGGGUGCUCAGCCUGAGCCUGGGUGCAGGAUCUGAAAGCGCAGGCACAGUGGAAUCCUGGGCCACCUUCUUCAAAUGGGUGUUGUAGGUGAACUGGAAUGCUCUUUGCAAAAUGAUGGAACACUGAAUUAACAGAAUACAUGUCUGCAAAGAUACAGCUACAAAACCUCCCUUUUCAGACAGCCUGGUUAAGGCAGAUGUGCAGUGUGGAAGCUGGCAGGAAAACAGCAGCUCCCAUUUUUCAACUUUGGAAGGCUGUUGGUUGUAGCAAAACGAGAAACUUCAAACACCUGCAGAAUGUCAUCAGAUCUUACAAAUGUCUAGUGAUAUAAACAUUGUCUUAAGUUCCAGCAUGUUUUCUUGUUGAUUUGUGUUGCUUGAUCCUAAUAAAAGCACGUUGUUGGUAGUUCCUGUGGGAGUGCCAUGAGAUCCUUAGCACUGAAGAACUGCAGAAAUGGCAUUCACAAACAGACAUUCAGAAUGCCAAGUUUUAAAGAAGUCUCUCUGUUCAUCUAUUAACUGUUUUCUGUAGUAUUGAUCAAGUGGCUGACAGUCUGGAAGUUCUUGUAGAGCAUUUUACUACCAAAUUAACUGUGAAGUAGAGUAGCAUUGACUGAAGUGUUUGGUGCUGUAAUUCUUGACAAUAGGCAUUGACAUUUUGUCUUGCAAAGAAAAGCUAUGCAGUUCUCUUAACUAAAGAAGGUCAUGCUUUUCCUGUGCCCCAACAAUACCUGCACGUUUACUACACAGAUUGUACUACUGAAAGUCAUCUUCUGAAUACAAACUGCACUAAACUCAGUCUGCUGCAGAGAAAUCUUAUUUCAGGCCUGACCUAGUUACAGGCAGCUCUUCAGAAGACUGAUUGUAGAAUUCUUCCUUUGCGUGAUAAAUAAAUACUGUGAGAUUUGAGAGCUUGAACAUAACUUUUAAUCUGAUUUUUUUUCACUGAAAUAAACAUCUUGACUCAUCCCCUCAUUGAAUAAGGUGUACACUCUGAACACAAAUACUGUUUUAGGUUUAAUUAUGUUCCAAUACUGCAGAAAAGCAAAGUAUUUUACCUUCAAAACUAUGCAAAAAUUGUGUGUAUUGGUAUCUGAUGCAAAGACAAGAAUUCUUGAAUUUCUGUGAACCUGGUUUUAGGCCAUGAAUGAACAGUGUUUCUCCAAGUAGCAGCGGUGUGGUUCCGGUAUGUAAAAUGUGGUUUCAAUGUAGCAUACUGACCAGCCUAAGCUGAUUGUAACCUUGCUUCAAAAUGUGUCUUGGCUAUUUUACUAUGAGACAAGUAUUUUCAUAUAAAGACUGCAUUGGAUCAGUGUGUGUUUCUCUUUGAAGGACUCUGGGUUCUCGAUCGCUUGUCGCUCGCUUACACAUGUGCUGUUGUUUUAUGAAACCUCUUAAAUCUGAGUGAUAAUCUAUCAGUGUAAAUGUUCUUGGGCGUGUAAGGUAACCUUGAUAUGAAGCAUGAGAGCCUACAAGUGAUGGCUUCAAUCUAUGCACCAUUAAAGUUGUCCUUGCUUUGGAACUAGGAGCUGGUGUAAUGACCUGGUGCCACAGUAGUCAACUAUCACGAAAGGCUUGGCUUCCUCCUGCUGUGUACAUGUGUAUAUAGACAUUGAAGCCUCUGACCAGUCUGAAAGUUUAAAUGAAAACUGUUUUAAUCAGUGUCCAUCACUGGAUAAGCGCUUAUUUAAUUCAUGAUUGUUUACAAAUUGGGAAAGAAUAAACAGAAAGGGAAUAUCCUGUUUGGGUUGAGGCUCUGAAGAGCCUGAGCAUUAUUUUUGUAAAGGGAAAAACAGCAUUCUUUGUGCCAUUUCAUGUGCCUGUAAAGUAAUUUUUUAUAUUGUAUUAACAUCCUGGGAAUGAGUGGGCUGCCUUUGUUUUCUAGUCCAGUUUUCAAGCAUUUUCCUCAAUACCUGCAUUUGAAAAGUGAGACCUGCCUAAAAGACUGCCUUUUGGGACCAGUGAAAGCGUUCCUGUAUAGUUGUCAUUUUCUGUUUAUUUGUGUUAAAAUGUAUUUUGGGACAAGGAUACAAUUAUUGCAGUGGGAAAGGUGGCCUUGUAUUUGAGACAGUCUUCACUGUGUAAACUUUUAAACACAAUAUGUAAUUUAAAGACCAUGAUCUUCAGGCAAUAAUAUUAAGUGUAAGCUUUUAAAAUUUAUUUUGGGGAUCAUAGCUUGUUUUAUUUUUUGUGCUAUAAGAUUAACAGUAUUAAAUGAAUUAUAUUCUUAGAAUAUACGGAGUGUCUUUUCUUAAGAUUAGUGCCUUUUUAAUUUCUUACUCCACUUAAUUCAUAGAACUGGUCCCAACAUCAAGCCACUGUGUUUUUUUCCCCAAUGCCCUGUUUGUACAGUCUAAAUAAAACUUGCCUCAACUUACAGUAUUAUUUGUCGUCUUUAGUCUGAAAACCUUGAGGAUAACAGCAGAAUGUUUAAGCCUUUACUCUGUCCUUACAAUGGCCUGUGGGUGAACAGAGUGUGCCAACUGAAGUUUUCCAGAAUCAAAGGAAGAAUUAAGCAGCAGAAAAUGCUGUUGCCAGGCUGAAUGAUACUCUCCUGUUCCAUCCUGGUGCCUCUUCUCAGACAAUGCUGCUGGGCUCUGGAGGUUCACAUGAAACAGAUGCAUCUCUGGUGAUACCGAUUACCACAGUCUCCUCUACCCUGCUGCCCGACACGUCCGUGCUCUUCCUGCUCUUCCACCACUGUAUUUAUUGUGCUCUUUGGCCCAGGCUUUUAAAGGUCUCUGGAAACCGUGACCUUGGUUUACUGUGAUGCCCUUGACUGUGCUUGUAAGAAUGACUGGUUUAUGCAAUGGUUUGAAUUUCAUUUAUUAUUGGUUGAGUAACUAAGGUGUGACCUGUGCAGGCACUGGAGAGCAGGGACCGCAGCUCUGGCCCCUGCCGUGAGGUGCUGGUGCAACACAUCAGAACCGUCUGUGUUUUGAAGUCAGAACCCACAUCCUGGUCAUCCUCUGUCUUUUAGUCAAUCCAAAUCAAUGGUAACUUAACUAAAGGGUUUUUUUCAGUUAAAUCAUUAACAAGGUGUUGAUACUUGAGCUGAUGCUGUAUGGGAGGAAAACUUGAGAAGAACAUCAGCCACUCAGCUGCUGCAAAGGAGAAGCCUACAAAGCUUGUAUUGGUUCCCUGGACUCUGUAGGUAUGGUGACAGCCUCGUGUUUGUCUUCUCUGGAGUACAGAUUUCCAUGUGAUGUUAAUAAACAUUCAUAGCCAA